UAACUUUUUUUUUUAAAAAAUGGAUAAAGUUUCAGAAAGAAUUAAAAAUUCAUUAUUCGUACCAGUAGAAAUGAUGGAUAAUACAUUACAAAGCAACGAUUGUUCAGCAUCUUCAAACAGCACAUUAUUCGAAAAUGUACCAUUAGCACCAGUUGACCCAAUUUUAGGUGUAAGUGUUGCAUUCAAAGCAGAUACAGAUCCAAACAAAGUAGAUACAAGUGUUGGAGCUUAUAGAGAUGAAAAUGGUAAACCAUAUGUUUUAAAAAGUGUUUAUGAAGCUGAAAAGCGUUUAUUAGGCGCACCAAAAGAAUAUUUACCAAUCGAUGGUAUUCCAGAAUUCAACAAACUCUCAGCCAAACUUUUAUACGGUGAUGCCAUGAAUGGUAAGGAAAAGAGAAUGGUUACAGUUCAAGCUUUAUCAGGUACUGGUGCUCUUCGUAUUGGUAUCAUUUUCAUUCGUAAAUAUUUACCAGCCGGUACUGUUGUUUAUGUUUCACGUCCAUCAUGGGCCAAUCAUCACAACAUUUGCAAAGAAAGUGGUGUCAAAUCAGCCGAAUACACUUAUUACAAUCCAAAAACAAAGGGUUUAGAUUUCGAAGGUAUGAUUGCCGAUAUGAAAGCCGCUCCAAAUGGUAGUGUUUUCGUUCUUCAUCUUUGUGCCCACAAUCCAACUGGUGUCGACCCAACCCACGAACAAUGGAAUGUUAUUGCCGACGUUAUGAGAGAAAAGAACCAUAUUCCAUUCAUGGAUUGUGCUUAUCAAGGUUAUGCUAGUGGUGAUCUCGACUAUGAUGCUUACAGUGCUCGUCUCUUUUUAAACCGUGGUUUCGAAAUGUUUUCUGCCCAAUCAUACUCUAAAAACUUUGGUCUUUAUGGUGAAAGAGCUGGUGCCCUUACCAUUGUUUCACACCGUGAAGAUGUUAUUCCAAAAAUGCUUUCACAACUUAAAAUGGAUAUUCGUGCCAUGUAUUCCUCACCACCAACCCAUGGUGCUCGUAUUGUUACCACCGUUCUCUCUGAUCCAGAGCUUACUGCUCUUUGGGUCAAAGAACUCAAAGAAAUGUCUGGUCGUAUUAAAGAUGUUCGUCAAAAAGUAGUCGAUGCCCUUGCUCAACUCAAUGUCCCAGGUUCAUGGAAACACAUUACUGACCAAAUCGGUAUGUUCACUUAUACCGGUCUUUCUCCAGCUCAAGUUGAAAUUUUAGUAAAGAAAUAUCACAUUUAUUUAUUAGGUAGUGGCAGAGUAUCAUUAGCAGGUUUAAAUGAUAAUAACAUUAUGUAUUUUGCCAAAGCUGUUGCAGACGCUGUUCAAAAUGCUAAAUAAUUUAGCAUUCUCCCCAAAAAAAAAAACAAAAUCAAUCCCCUAAUAAUAGUUUAGUUUUAUAUAUAAUC